AAACAGGAAAGAGGAGCACGCUAUAAGAGGAGCAUUAGCCGGGAGACGCGUCAAAACAUUUAGCCGAGAGAGGAGGGGAGGGGGAGACACGCUGGAGAGCGCUCACAAUGAAGACCUGAAUUGUCUUUAAUGUUUUGUUUUGUUUGUUUUUUUGUUUGUUUGUUUUUUCCUUACAUUCAAUAUCUUGUUUAUUACAGAACGGCACAAAACUAUUAGGACGCAGUGAGGAUUCGACACCUUUUCUAUAAAGUUCGGUCCGGCGUCGCGCUCCUGGGGCGCUUCUGAGUCAAAUCCUGGAUAAGCGCGGCGGGAGGAAAAGUGUCAGUUUCCGCACCUGAGAGGAGGAAAGCUCCACUCUGUCUGCUCCUUCUGGGAAACCCUGCCCCAAAAUCUAUUCUGCCGCUUCUGAUGUGAACUGCCCCGGUCCGACAAGCUGCUUCCCCCUGCCCGCUGCAAGUGAGGAGAAGCGCACAGAUCCGCUAAGGGAAGGAUCGGCGACCGACUGUGUGCUCAAUAUGUACCAGGGGCAUUUACAGGGGAAAGACUCUAGGGCUGCAGAUAAGACUGUUGCCAUGGUCCUGAAGGAGAUACCAAGUAAGGCGUCAUCAGAAGGGAAGCCCCUCCUCACAGUGACUACCAAGCUGGUGAGCGAGCAACAAGAGAGUCGGCCGCUAUUAAGCCCUUCCAUCGACGAUUUCCUCUGCGAGACCAAAUGUGAUGGGAUUUCCCGCCCAGUGACUUCCAACACAGCCGUUCUUUCUUCGACACUGGACCUUUUAGAUCUCAGUGAACCGGAAGAAAGGAGGAAUAGCAAGGACAAGAAAAGUGCUCUGGUGUCCCGGGGUGACGGUCAAAAGAACAGCUCACACAAGAAAAAGACAGAUGAGACAGAGCUGAUCCAGGUGGAAGUUGAACAGACAGGACCAGGCAUGCGAAAUCCUGAGAGGGCAUCGCUUGAGUCAGUUACCAUUGGAUUGUUGGAUAAAUGGGAAGAACUUAAUCCCAAAGCUGAGAAGAAUGGCAACAGAAAAUGGAAGCUGGAGAGACGGCGCUCUUCAAAAAACUCAUCCAAUGAGUUCUUGUGGUCUAUAGACUGCAAAAUCCAAUCUGACUCAUCAAAUAAGAACUUGUUGGAAGCAAACACCAAAGCAGAGCCAGAAUCAGCCUUGGCAUCACAACUCAACAGGCAGUAUAUUAGUGGAAGACAUGCUCGUCUAACGAAGGAGCAGCGCUGGGGGAGUGCCCUCCUGUCAAGACAUCAGUCCCUGGAGGAGGAGUUUGAGCGAGCCAAGGCUGCUGUUGAGUCGGACACAGAGUUCUGGGACAAAAUGCAGGCAGAGUGGGAAGAACUGGCCCGACGAAACUGGCUGACAGAAAACGAGCAGGCACAAAUACCCUCAUCUGUAUCUCCACAUGAAAAGGGUUACUACUUCCACACAGAUAAUCCUUAUAAGGACUUGCCUAAUGCAUUUGAGGAGGGACUGAAGAAAUCUCGAGAGGGAGACUUGCCAAACGCUGUGCUUUUGCUCGAAGCAGCUGUCUUGCAGGACCCUCAUGAUUCAGAGGCCUGGCAAGUCUUAGGGACAACACAGGCAGAAAAUGAAAAUGAGCAGGCGGCAAUUGUCUCCCUCCAAAGGUGUCUGGAGCUCCACCCUAACAACCUACCGGCCCUCAUGGCUCUGGCCGUGAGCCUGACCAACACUGGCAUGCGUCAUGACGCCUGUGAAGCCCUGCUCCGCUGGUUGAAACACAAUCCCAAGUACAAGAACCUGCUGAAGGCCAAGAUCCAUCUGAUAGGCUCCCCCAACUCUCAGCGCAGACUGUCUUACGCUCUCAACGCGGGCCGACAUGAAAGCUCACUGCUGCCAGAGGUCAAGGAGCUCUUCCUGGAAGCAGUUCAGAACAACUCGGACAGCGUUGACCCGGAUUUACAGACGGGCCUUGGGGUCCUCUACAACCUCAGCGGAGAGUUCAACAAAGCUGUAGAGGCUUUCAAUACGGCCCUGUCAGUCCGGCCUGAGGACUAUUUGCUGUGGAAUCGCCUUGGAGCCACAUUAGCGAACGGCGACCGCAGUGAAGAGGCAGUGGAAGCUUACACGCGAGCCCUUGAGCUGCAUCCAGGGUUCAUCAGGUCCCGCUACAACCUGGGCAUCAGCUGCAUCAACCUGGGGGCCCACAGAGAGGCGGCCAGUAACUUCCUGACGGCUUUAAGUCUCCAGAGGAAAAGCCAGAGCGGUCAGCAGUCCCAUCAGGUGAUGUCUGGCAACAUCUGGGCAGCUCUGAGGAUAGCUUUAUCUAUGAUGGACCAACCCGAACUCUUCCAGGCCGCAAACAUUGGCGAUCUGGAUCUCCUGAUGAGGGCCUUUAACUUGGACUUUUGAGUAAUCGAUGGAAUGAGCUCUGUCAUUUGUUCUCUGAUCUCUAGCCAGAAGCCAAAAGCCCAAAGUGCACAUGGUUUGAGUUAACACACCAGUGUGUGUGUUUAGUUUCUGCAUAUGAAAAUGAACUAAAAAGGUCAAACCCUGUCAUGUCUUCUCGCCCUAAAUUUCUUGAGAGCAGUUCGGAGGGCCGCUUCUUCCAGCGGUUCGGAUGGACUGCUUAGCGAUGGAAUUUGCACUGCAAUUUGUGAUUUCCCUAAAGAGCACAAGGACGGGCGAAGAUUGUAAGAGCAAUGCCUUAGAGGACACAUCAAUUAAAAACUGACUCAUGCAGUGGAACAGAGGUGAGCCAGGAGUGACAGCCAGAUUUAAGACUCCCACAGAGGAACCCUCACAAGCCAUUUGCAGCAGAAAAGAUGAGGUUUUGAGAGGAAGAUCUGUUGACUCAGGACUGUCUCUCCCCCUCUCUGACGGAUGGAUACUGUGAGCCGAACAAUAAAGGCUGCACCUUAUAACCCCGGAGCUCUAUAUUGUCUUCCUGGCUUCAUCUCCCCCUCUGUCAAUGGAGACUUAUUACUCUGCAUCAAAAAAACCACGACAAACAUUUUCAGAAAUGGAGAGAUUAGAAUAGUUAUAGAAGUUUUCCCUUUGCACUUUUAGAUGACUUCCUCUAUCCACGUGGAAUGCGCAACCCAGGUUGUAAAGCCUUAAUGAGAUGCAUGCGUCCAACAUUAUUUAUUUACACUAUUUUUAUGGCAACAAGGAACAAAAUAUAUCAAAGCCAUUUUCAGACCGGUUUAAAUUUCUUAACAUAAGUGCUGUUCUUAGAACCUGUACAUUUUCUGAUCCGCUAAUCUCAGUUCAGUUGUUUAUAUAUUUAUGCAGCUUGUAUGUAAUAUUUGUUGCUUUAAUGCUGACUGGCUGGAGGAAUGCACACAGUGAGCAGGUAAUAUUGAUUUGAAUCGUGUUUUGUUUUUUUUACCUUUCUCAGAGGGAAAAGUGCUUAUAUUUCUAAAAAUGUCUCGUCUCAGAGGCCCCUACAAAGAAACGCCUAAUUUUUAUUUAUGCUGACUGUAUUCAUUUCAAUACAGCAUACUAACAUUAGAUUAAAAGAUGUGUAUUUGCAAGCCAGGACCCAAGACAGCAGCUUGAUGAAUUUCCUUAAUGUAGUCAUUUGUAUCUUUGCUGCUCCUUUUCCGGCAGCGAAGCUCCUUCAUUUAAUUAAAUCAGUUACCCUCAGCCAUCAUGCAUGAUUUCAAUAUUUAUAGAGGCUUGCGUAGAGUUGCACACAUUUGUUAGUUUGCUUUUACCAGAUUAAUAUGCAUCCAUACAAGGAAAAACUGAUUUUAUAAAUAAAUAAAUGCUGUUCAGAAGAUCAUUAUACAUUAUAAAAUGCACUGAUGCUCCUGCUUAAGAUAAACCCUUUGCAGCACCUCUAAAUAUUUCUUAUGAUUUUCAGUUGUCAGCUUCCUUUUAGUCACAGUUUGAAAGUCACUGUGAGUUUAACGCCGUGCAGCUUGCCGUGCGGCGGCGGAGUGAAUGAUAGAUUAUCUGCUGUGCAGUACAGCUCACUUUGGCGUUUAUCGGUCGUGUCCGCAGUCCGGGUGCGCUGCAGAAAGCUUUUUUUUUUCCUUCUUCUUAUUAUUGUCGGCUCCUAUGCAAAAGGUCACGUUUCAUGUUUGUCCCCCAUCUGCCUCAGUGGACCAAAGGGAAGUGUUGAUUCUGUGUUUUGAAUGAAUGCUAUCAGCGGGAAGCAGAGACCAGAACCAGAACCAUUCAUCUUCCUAACAGUGCAGCUGGGAUGACACACUCUGUGUUAGAAGGAGUGUUUUAUCAGGCGGCUGGGGGAGAACAAACACAAACCAGCUGAAGUGCAGCAUUGACACUCUAUGAAUCUGCGACAUAAUAAUGCAUCUGCGGCUGCAGCUGCACACACCAAAUUCACAGCUGUAGACAUUUUUUUCUUCUGUCAGCUCACUUUUCUCUUUGUUUGCAUAAGUAUUCAUACUUGUCACAUUACAGCCACAAACAUUUGCUUAUAUACAAACACAAUUGUGUAUCAUUUUGAAGAGAAAGAAAACUGAUAGAUAGUUUUUGGUUAUUUUUUUACAAAUUCAAAUUAAAAAAGUGCAACAUGCUUUUGUCCUCAAGCCCCAUAAAAAAUAUCUGUGUAAAAUCCAUUUUUACAAAGAUUGCAGCUGCAAAUCUUUAAGGCUUUCCUUUACCAGCUUUGAAAAGUUGCUAAUUAGUUGGGUUGGAUGGGAAACAUGCGCCAGCAACAAUUUUUAAGUCAUGCCUCAGUUGAUGCAGGAAUAGACUUUGACAGGGCCAUUCUAAUACAUAAAUGCUUUUAGCAAAUCAUUCCAUGGUAUCUUUGGUUGUAGGUUUUGCAGUUUUGUUAUUUUCUAUGAUUGUCUUGUAUUUAGGCUCUGUUCACUCUGAAGUAGCAUCAACAUAUCCUGAUCUUAAGUCUUUCUUUCAAGGUGACUGGCUUGUUGCCACUUGUUCACAAAGACCAGUGCAACAUAUAAACAUAGUCUCCAAUCUGAGCUGUGAAUCUCCUCUGAAGUCACGUUGGUCACCAUGGCUGCUUUUCUGAUCAAUGCACUCCCUCUCUGGCCAAUUUACGGAGGUCUGAAUUGUUUUGCAGCUGGGUCAAAUAAUUCCCCAUGAGAUGUUCAAAUUGUGGGACAUUGCUUAAAACCUAACCCUACUUUUAACGUAUUUGAUGAGUUGCUUCAUUUCUAGGAUUUUGUUUGUUCACUAAUGUUCUCUAACAAACCUCGAGGCCUUCACAGAACAGAUGAAUUUAUAUAGAGAAGUUACACACAAGUGAUCUAUAAUAAGUAAAUUUGUAGCAUACGGUAGUUGAAUAAAUGGGCUUAUGCUGUGUUAUUUUAUUUGUGAAAAUAACAAAAACAUUUAUUAUUUCCAUUUGACUUCACCGUCAUGCAGAACAUUGUGUUUGUUGUCUGUCUUAUAUAAUCUGCGUACAAUUCGAUGAAGUUUGUGGCUGUACUGCAACAAUUCUCAAAGAUAUUUAUUUUACUUUAGGACACUAAAUAAAGUGAGUUUCACUUAAAAAGCAGCCACCUUCAAUAAGAUGUUCAGUGCCCAAAAACACUUUUAAGAGGAAAUCACUUUAGUUGGAUAUCAUUUGUUCACAGUGACAUUUGCAUUACAAUUGAAAAUGAAACAAAAUUGUUUAAUUUCAAAGAGGCAUAUGAAAUGCAGGAUGAAUGUUUUAUACUUUGCAAAAGUAGCUUCUGGAAAGGCUUUGCAGAAAAUUAGGGGGCAAAUGUAUUUCUAACUUUAUGUUCAGAGAGGUUGGUACUCUUUUGGCAAGUUUAGUUUAGUUAUACUUAGAAACUUGUUGAGUUUUUAUAUAUAUUUGAAAUACUUACUAAUUUAGGAGUAAAGAGGGAGUUUUUCAACAGUUUCUGAUGCACCAACUAUUACUCAUGUUGUUUUCACUUAAUUAAUGUGUAAUCUCUUGUUUUGUGUAAAAUCAUCCCAAAUCCAAAUUAUUCUCAACAACUAAACUCCCCUUCCACAAGCUGAAAUGUUAACAUUUUGCUUUAAUUAUAGCCUUUCCUCAUCAACUCAGUGAAAUCAACAUGACAUACAUUUUUCCCAGCACUUUGUUGCCCCACUUUGGUUCAGCUUAGCUAUAAAACAAAGACAACAUUCUGGCAUUUUGACAGUUUUUUCCAGUUUAGAACUAAUUGGAUUCUUAAUGAUACAAGCAUGGGAUUACAAGCAAAUGCAUUGUGCAAAUUGAAACAUGUAGUAAAAUUAAUUCAAUUUACUUUUUUUUUUAGCUCAGUCAAUUAAUAUAUUGACUUGUAAGUUACUUUGUUAUAAGAUUAAGUUAAA